UUGUUUACACGGUGAAAAAAGCAGAUAAAACGAUGUAAUUGAACGAAUCAUUUAAAGUAAUGUUGCCACAUCUUCUGUACAUAUUGUGCUUCAGUUAUAUUUUGUUUAAUGUAGUUUAAAUCACGUGUUUUUCGUUAUGGUGUGCAUGAACCUCCUGUAUGCUAAUGCAGGGCUUAAUAUCUGUACAUAUUAGCUCCAAUUAUCACGGUUAAAGGCAGAUGAGAGUAACUUAAAUGAGACUCAUAUUUACACAACUACAGCUUCUAGUAUGUGUGUUUUUCUGUUUGUAUUUAUUUAUGUAGUUUGAAUUAAGUUAUUUUUUUCGUGGUGCAUCUCUUGUCUGCGUCAGGCCUCAGCUCAAUGGAGCUUCAUUUAUUCCACGUUAAACACAAAUAAGAGUGAUUUAAAUUACAUCUUCAUUCUAUAACACAGCUACAGAUCCUAUAAAUAUGUAGAUAAUGUAUUUUUUAUGUCGUCGUUUUUUCUUCAACUUUAAAUGAUGCGUUUUGUUGAUUGGCUUUUGUUGUGCGGUAUUUCGAUCAUUUUAUUUAUGAUUAUUUUGCAUUUGUAACUUUAAAAAAACAAGGCAAUUUUACAUUUUCUCAGUGUUGGUGUUUUACUUAAUGUUUUAGUGAAUGGGCAUUUUUUUUUAAUUUUCUACCAUUAAAUUUACAUUUCUUCCGUUGUAAUUGUUUAUCAUUUAAAAUUUUGUGUUGUGUGGCUGUGUGUUACUGUCUGUUACUCUGCGUGUGACAUUGUUUUUGACUUUGUUUGUGACACUGUGUGUUACUGUCUGUGUGUAAGACUGUCUGUGACUGUCUGACACUGUGUUUGUGUGUGUGUGUGAGAGAAACUAUGACUUUUUUCAUUUGAAAAUGUGUUGGAAGCAUGUGGAAAUGUUUUUUCCCCCCAAUUUUGAGUAAUUGUGUUUUGUGUGUGUGUGUUUUAAUAUAUGUCUGUGACUGUAUGUGUGUUGAGAAUGCAUGUCUGUGACUGUGUGUGACACUGUGACUCUUGAGUGUGUAGUGACAGUUGGAAAUUGCUUAGCUAGGUGUAACUUGAAAGAGAGUGUGUUUAUGUGAUAAUUAGAACUGGUACAGUUUGUUCUAGCUUUGGUUUAAUUUGACUUAAUUUAAGUUUUUACAAUUUUUUGUUCUCUCCAGUGGAUUGAAUCACCAGUGACAUCACCAAGCAAUACAGAGGAACAGGAAUUGGUUUAAAUUGUUUUCAUUAAUUAGAUCAUUUAAUACAACGGUUUUCUGUAAUAUACUAGUUAAUUUUUUUGUGUGAGAUGCCUCGUCUCAAGGGCCACAACCGUUCCAGUGCGGCCAAGAAGAGGAUGGAGAAGCACCUGGCUGCAGUGGUGGAGUCUGCGCCCCGGAGCUCCACCAGCUUUGUGCCACCGGCUCCCGGUCCCUCACGCCGAGGUACUGGUCGUCGCCACCGUGUGAGCACCUGGCCAGUUUCAACCCUGACUGGCAGGAGUCACAAAGUGGUCAUCCCGGCCGAGUCACCUGACAAGAAGUUUGUUCUUCUUGUCGGGGAUUCCCACCUGCGCGCCAUCGUUGAUGGCAUUGUGGAGUUUCCGGACGAGUUCCUUUCCUUUGGUGCCAUGUCGACGCCGGGGGCCUGUGCCAGGGAGCUGACGAUCGAGUUGGUGAGUGCAGUCCUCCCCAGAACACCUGACCUUGUCUGUGUUCUAGCCCCCAGCAACGACCUGACUGCCAGUAGGACUUUGGACGAGGCUGCAGUGGACUUCGAGAAGCUCCUCACCAGUGCCUUGUCUCGGUGGCCGAAGGUGUUUGUCCUGGACUUCCCUCCGCGUCGGAACGUGGACCUGGAUCUGCAGGAGCUCUUUCGCCAAGAGUUCCACCGCGUGGCUGCACGCAAGGGCGUGAGGUACUACUCUAUCGCAGAGUUUUUUCCUCUCAGCCGAAGUGACCUGUGGAGUUGGGAUGGUGUGCAUCUCAGCGAUGGACCCGGGAUGGGGCUGCUGGUGGACUUGCUGUUGUUCUUCUCCCGGCAGCAGUUACAGAUGGCUACUGUCGUGGAGGUUGAACACAGCUUGCCGCCAGUUGCUCCUUCUCCUGCUCCUGCUCCUCGUCCGGCUCCGAGGGUAGUUGUGAGGGGAGCGACCCGCUCCCCACGUCCGCCGCACAACCCACUGGAUUGGACGCUGGUUGAACUGCGCAGGAAGAGAAGGUGUCCGUCUCCUCAGGGAGGGAAGGUUCAGCUCAUGGAGUGUUCCAUCCCUCUCACGCCUGUCUGGUUCAGCCCACCUAUUCUGGAGGCGAUGGACCACAUCCGUCCGGGCAAUCUUGACUGGGGGGAGCCCACUACCUCUACCAAGGGACCAUCGGGGGUGAAGCGUCGUAGGAGCACUCCUGCUCCAAAGAAGAGCCGUGGGAACCAGGAGGUCGAGCUGGAGGAGGAGUGGCCCGAACUUCGCAGGGCUGUGGCGGAGGUCCCUGUGGAGCGGCCACGCAGGCGCAUCGGAUCCCAGAGGAGACGUACCCGGCAGCAGGAGGGGGCAGCUGCAGAUGUCGUGGAGGUGAUGACUGGACCAUCACCUGCCAGUCCUGUGACCACCGAGGACCUUCCCUGCUCUGCUCUGCACAGCUCCCCAGACUCCAUCAAAGGAAUCCUGUGUCCUGGGCCAUACCAAGUUGCGAUUUAGAUUUUUUUUAAGAGACGCUGAUAAUAUAUAACUGUUAUUGUUUGUUAAAAUAAUGAUCUUUAGUUAGUAUAAAUGCUGAAAGUAUUAAUUUUAUUACCAAGUUAGUACAGCUGUUAUAUAUUUGCUGCUUGUUUCUCAAACCCCCCCCCACACACUUCUCCUCUGUCCCAAUUCCUCUUUUCACCCCAACCAGCCAAGGCAGAUGGCUGCACAUCUUUGAGUCUGGUUCUGUCAGAGAUUUCUUCCUGUUAAAAGGGAGUUUUGUCUCUCCACUGUUGCCAAGUGCUUGCUCAUUGUGUGACUUGUUGGGUUUCCCUUCCCCGUGUAGUAUUUUGGUAUUAAGUAUUGUAAUUGAGUUUGUUUUUAUUUGGCAGUAAACAAAUAAAAGUUUAUCAUA